AACUUUGGAUUAUAUUAAAAAACUCACCAUUGAAUUUAUCCAAAGGAAUCGAUCGAUCCAAGUCUAUAAUAUCUGGUCCUUGAUCAUCCAAAAGCCAGAAGCAGAACACGAGUGUUAAGUUAAUCUUCUGCUGCAGCAUUAUGUAUGGCGGAGGCUCAGAUCCAAUGAAGCCAACGGCAACCGGUUUCCCCGUUAGUAGCUACAGCACUUCGACAACCUACACCACCAACGACACCUCUUCCUACGCUCCACCGGCACCUCCUCAGCCCAAACCCAUCGUUGAAUGGUCCACCGGUCUCUGUGACUGCUUUUCCGAUUUUGGAAACUGUUGCAUAACGUGGUGGUGUCCAUGUAUCACCUUUGGACGGAUUGCGGAAAUCGUUGACAGGGGAUCCUCAUCGUGUGGUGCGAGUGGGGCUCUGUAUACGCUUGUUUGUUGUGUGACAUGUUGUGCUUGCGUGUACUCAUGCUUCUACCGAUCCAAGAUGAGAAGACAGCAUGGUUUAAAGGGCAAUGGCUGUACGGAUUGUUUGAUUCAUUGCUGCUGCGAGCCCUGCGCUCUCUGUCAGGAAUAUCGUGAGCUUGAAAACCGUGGCUUUGACAUGAUUAUUGGGUGGCAUGGAAAUGUAGAGCAACGAAGUCGGGGAGUAGCCAUGGCUGCUGUAACAGCUCCACCAGUGGAACAGAGCAUGAACCGUUGAAGUCAGGAUCUAUAUAUGUUCAUCCUAGUAUGUUAUACAUGAAGAAUAAUGUUUUUACACUCGGUAUUCCUUUUUCCCUAUUUUCGUAUCAAUAGUUAGGCUUAAUUAGUUGGAUGAUAUCCAUUUUUUAUUUAGAUUGUUAGUUUGGUAUUCGUUUUUAAAAAUAUGUCAAUUGAGUUUUAACUU